UACUUUGUAUGAAACACGAUACUCUGCUGAAGUUGCCCGCCUUAUUUGCUGCUGUGGUACCACAUGUAUGCAAAGGAAUUUUCUGUCAGAGCAAUCCCGAGUUGGCUUUUUGUCAAACACGUGAGUCAGGCUAAGUUCGAUGUUUAUCCAGCACCAAGACAGUCUUCACAUAACUGCGGUGAGGUGUACACCAUCCCAACAUGAUGGAACUGACAAGUGUUGUAUUUAUCAUUCUUGUGUCGUUGUGUGGUGUCAGAGACGUACAUGCUGAUACCAAUUUGGCAGCCUUCUCUAGAAAAUUAAACCUGCUGGACAGAACGAUCCAGGCGUGGAAAGGCACAGUUGUUGAUUUGGGGAUUGAAAUGAGUAACAACUUUGACUUGCUGGAGUUAUCACUGGAAGAAGAACUGACUAACAAGUUCAUCCCUGCCUUGAUAAAGCCUCUCGUGAAGCAAGCGAUUACUGGCAUCCUGAAAGAAGAAUACGUUUGCAAUAUUAUCAGCGGACGUGUGCUUGAUGUUGUUAACAGCCUGAAAACCAGAGUACAUACAACAAAGACACAACUUCGCUCAGUUAAACGAAAGUUCAGACUAGUUAAACGCGAAAGAGACUCUUACAAAGAGAGUCUUGGCAAAUUACGAGGCGAGCUGACCAAAGAAAUCCAUAGGGACAUUCAGGGAAUACAGCAAAGGAUACAGGAACUCGAGGAACGUGAUGCGCUGCGUGAGAAACACAUCCAAGACUUGACGGAACAAAAACAAAAAGCCACCAGUGCCCCCAGUCGGAACAGGAGCCACAGAGAAAGGGCUGAACAGAUAACAGUGACAAGGUCUGAUCUACAUGCCUCGAGUGAUUCGAGUCGGACUGAGAGGACACCAGUGACGACCACAAAAAAACCUGCUACACAGGCGACUCCAUCACCAGCAGACUGCGACGUCCUCAUGGACGCCAGCAGAAGGGGGAACCUGGAGGAGAUGAAGCGGCUCCUGACUCUGAAUGUCGACGUCAACUGUAGGGACAGUAAUAGCAGGACACCGGUGAUGUGGGCAGCAGGGUUUGGACACGGAGAAGUGGUGGAGCUCCUGGUGAGGAAAGGAGCCGAUGUGUCACUGGUGGACGAGGGCGGUAGCAGCAUUCUUCACUUCGCCUGUUAUGCAGGAGACAUGGAGAUGGUUAAGUUUGUGCUGUCACUGAACGUCUUCGACAUCGAAAGUAGAGGAGCGUUGAGCAGGACACCGGUGAUGUAUGCAGCAAGGUGGGGACACAGAGACGUGUUGGAGCUCCUGGUGAGUAUAGGAGCCGAUGUGUCACUGGUGGACGAUGACGGUGACAACAUCCUUCACCUCGUCGGUUGGGGAGGAGACAUCGAGACGGCAAAGUUUGUGCUGUCACUGAACGUUGUGGACAUCGACGCCAGGAACAACGACGGGCGGACAGCGGCGGACGUGGCGAGAUCCGGGAGACGUCGGCAAAUUGCGGAUCUGCUGGAGUCCCGCGGCGCUCAGUGACGUCAGUGCCGUGUUUGUGUAGACGGUGAAGAAGACCUGGCAGUGACGUGGUGUGCCGUUCACGUCAUCGUGUGUCUUUAUUUACGUGAAACUGUUUGUUGUUUUAGGGGAUGAAUAAAACUUGUAAAAGCUU